AUGGCGAAACACAGCCUCUCCCUUGUGCUUUUCUUUCUUUUCAUCUUUCGCAUUGCUGGCACGGUUGAGCCAUCCAUGGCUAGACCCAGACAUCCUAGGCAUUCCCAAGCCAGGACCUUUAUCGAGUCCUCAUGUCAGACCACCCGCUAUCCAGCCCUAUGCAUUAAAUGCCUCUCCGGCUACGCCAACUCCAGGAUUCGAAACGCACAGCAACUGGCGGAAGUCGCCUUGACGGUGAGCCUGUACAAGGCCCGUUACACAAGGUCAUACAUGUUGAAGGUGGCGAAAAAGCUAGAGGCAAUGAAAGCUAGGGAGUAUCCAGUCGUGAGAGAUUGCUUGCAACAAAUAGAUGAUAGCGUAAACCAGCUAAGCCAGUCAAUCAGAGAGCUCCGCGGAUUGGAUUCGAAAGCUAGGGUCAUGACUGAUGACGUGUUUUGGCACAUGAAUAAUGUUGAGACUUGGGUUAGUGCCGCCCUAACUGAUGCUAGUAGCUGCGUGGAUCAGUUCCCGGGGCAUAGGAUGAGUAAGAUGAAGGCCACCAUUAAGGGCAAGGUCAUGAACGUUGAACAACUAACAAGCAACGCGUUGGCCUUGUUUCACCGAUAUGCUGCAAGGUAUGGUACUGCUGCCACCAAGAAGCCCAAGCCGUAA